AUGAAGAGUUAUGCCUCGUAUACUUGCAAUGAUUCGAUCUCUAUAUAAAGGUCAAUAAUAAGUUAUAUACAAUAUCUAAGAAUCUCAAUAAUAUCAAAGUAUUUCUGACAAGUUAAUUCAUUUAAAACUGUUCUAGAAUAAACCUGAAACGUUUAUCUUAUUCUUUCUUUCGUAUUCGUGUGUAACACACUGUGAUCGUUGUCUAACACCAGCUGUUUGUAAAAAGUUAACAAUAACCACAUAAGGAGAGUGGACCUGUUUUCUGUUCUAUUUUACCAAAUUCUUCAAUUAAAAAUGACUUUUUGUGCUAAAAUUCAGUGUUACUCAAUUAUUUUAAUAGUCAGAGUUACUCAUAAGUUGUUCAUGUUUGGUCCCAAAUCUAUAAAAAGAAUGGAAGGAGUUGCAAAGGUAUAAAGAAAAGAUUAGUAACAAAGUCCCUCUUUCUUCACAUAAAGGCUUUGCUUUCAAGUUUCAUCAUCCAGCCAGUAUCUUCUUCUUCUUCCAUCUUUUCUUUCUCGGAAAAACAAAACAAAGAUUUGUCUCUUCUUCUUUUGGCAGGCGGGUUUAAAAAGUGAAAAAAAAAAAUUUCAAUUCCUCGCUCUCUCUUCGAAUCUACUGGAUUCCUCGAAACCCAAAACGCAUGUCCGAGUUCGGUCCGAUUUCUACUCAAAGAAAUAGAGCUGGUUUUGCAUUCCUCUCACAAAGAAGGUACACCACAAUUAGUUGUGCAUCAACAAACUCUCCAACAAUGAAUUUCCGACCAGAUAAGUCCGUUAGGUUUCACGACUGGAAAUCCGACAAGGCUUCCGACGUGGAAUACUCCGAGAUUCCAGAUGGUUUAUUCCGGAGAGCAAUAAGCUCAAUCUCAGACAAGUUCCACAGAAGCUCCUUAAGGAUAAAAAUGUUGAGAACAUCUUACUCUUUCAAAGAAACGGUUUCGAAAGGGAUUGUUUCCACUCACGAGAUACUUGACCCACAAGGAACCUUCCUUCAGAAGUGGAACAAGAUCUUCGUUCUAGCUUGUAUCAUCGCUGUCUCCGUCGACCCUUUGUUCUUCUACGUCCCUGUCCUCGACAAGGCCAACAACUGCCUUGAUGUCGACAAGAAAAUGCAGACAACCGCUAGCGUUUUGCGCUCCGUCACCGAUAUCUUCUACGCCAUUCACAUGGUUUUCCAGUUCCGUACGGGCUUCAUCGCUCCUUCUUCUCGUGUAUUUGGGAGAGGUGUUCUUGUUGAGGACAGGCGCAAGAUCGCUAAACGUUACUUGUCCUCACAUUUCAUCAUCGACAUUCUUGCCGUGCUUCCUCUUCCACAGAUGGUGAUUUCGAUAAUCAUCCCGCGUAUGAGAGAGCCCAAGACUUUGCACACGAAGAACAUGUUGAAGUUCAUAGUCUUCUUCCAAUACAUACCGAGGUUUAUGAGAAUCUAUCCGCUCUAUAAGCAAGUGACUAGAACCUCAGGCAUACUCACCGAGACAGCUUGGGCAGGAGCUGCUUUUAACCUCUUCCUCUACAUGCUUGCUAGUCAUGUGGUUGGUGCUUUCUGGUAUCUCUUCUCUAUCGAGCGCAAAACUGUGUGCUGGAAGCAAGCUUGGAACAGAGACGGGAGGAGCAAAUGCGAUAUGCGGUCGUUGUAUUGUAAGCCUGACACUGUAGGAAACAACACUUUCCUGAAUGGAUUUUGUCCGGUCCUGAAACCAAACGCAACAUGUUUCCAGUUUGGGAUAUUCCUUGGCGCACUUGAGUCCGGUGUAGUGGAGUCUCAUGAUUUCCCUCAGAAGUUCCUCUACUGUUUCUGGUGGGGUCUUCAAAAUCUCAGUUCGCUCGGUCAAAACCUUAAAACAAGUACAUACAUUUGGGAGAACUGUUUCGCUGUCUUCAUCUCUAUCUCCGGACUGGUUCUCUUCUCUUUCUUGAUCGGGAACAUGCAGACGUAUCUGCAAUCAACAACCACAAGGCUGGAGGAGAUGAGAGUCAAGAGAAGAGACGCUGAACAAUGGAUGUCUCACCGUUUGCUCCCCGACAAUCUAAGGAAAAGAAUCCGACGAUACGAGCAGUACAAAUGGCAAGAGACCAGAGGCGUUAACGAAGAGAAUCUCCUUAGUAACCUCCCUAAAGAUCUUAGACGCGACAUUAAACGCCAUCUCUGCCUCGCCCUUGUCAUGCGUGUCCCUAUGUUUGAGCAAAUGGACGAGCAGCUUCUUGAUGCUCUAUGUGACCGUCUGCAACCUGUGCUGUACACAGAGGAAAGCUACAUCGUCAGAGAAGGAGAUCCUGUAGAUGAGAUGCUCUUCAUAAUGCGUGGAAAGCUUCUAACAAUGACAACAAACGGUGGAAGAACCGGUUUCUUCAACUCAGAGCAUCUUGGAGCUGGUGAUUUCUGCGGAGAGGAGCUUCUAACCUGGGCUUUAGACCCACACACCUCCACAAACCUCCCAAUCUCGACAAGAACCGUUCAAGCUCUCGUGGAAGUCGAAGCCUUCGCACUCAAAGCAGAUAACCUCAAAUUCGUGGCGUCUCAGUUCAGACGUCUCCACAGCAAACAGCUGAGACAUACAUUCAGGUUCUACUCGCAGCAAUGGAGGACUUGGGCUGCUUGCUUCAUACAAGCCUUUUGGAGAAGAUGCGUGAAGAAGAGACUAGAGGAGUCUCUUAGAGAAGAGGAGAAUCGGUUGCAGGACGCUUUGGCUAAAGAAGCUUGUGGAAGCUCCCCGAGCUUUGGUGCUACGGUGUACGCGUCACGGUUUGCUGCAAAUAUCUUGAGGACUAUACGAAGGAGCGGUUCAGUACGUAAACCGAGGAUGCUGGAACGAAUGCCACCUAUGCUACUACUUCAGAAACCAGCUGAACCGGAUUUCAAUAGUGAUGAUUAUAUGCGUAUAGUGCCAAUAUAUAAAAAUAGAAGUCUUUAAUAAAAUAUUAAAGGGAGUGACCAUUAUACUUACAUCUAUAACCAUCUUGUCAAUCUCACAGAUGUCAAUAACCUCAACAGAGCUAUGGCGAGAAAUCUCCCUCAGAACACCACCAUCACCUCCACCAACAAC